AUGCAGAAGAGCGUGGAAGAAGAUUCCGUACAGGGUAUCACGUGCCGUGCAUUUACCAGCACUCUGUUUCCGAGGUAUCCAGAUUUAUCCCUGAGGCUCUUCGGUUACCUACACUACUCGUCGGGAUCCACGACGGUCGACAGGAUAUCUCAAUCCGCAUUCAAGUCACAAGUAGACAAAUUGUUAUCCGUCAUUUCCGACGAGUCUCUCAUCGAAGUUUACGUUAAGAUGUUCGCAGCUUGCAAUCCGGAAAUCAGUAGAGAAAAUUACAGGGAUUUGAUAAUGACGGCGUAUAAGUUAGCGAUGGAUCAUUACCCGGAAGGUGCUCAAACGUGUAUAAAAAUAUACAGGACGGUUCAAGCCGUUAUCGACUCGACCUUUCACAGAAAAGAAAACGUUUCCGUUCCGUUUGCUGCACAUUGGUUGGGCGUUCACUGUCCCAAACUCGUUUCCGGCGUUCACAAAUACGUGGUGCAUGUACUUACGACGGCUUAUAGAACGGCCGGACAAAACGUUACGCAAACGGAGCAAGUGGGUUUAGAAUUGACGACUCCCGUUUUGGACAAGUCUUUUACAUUUACGACGAGUAGUUCCGGUGAUAAUUCUUCCGUUAGUCUUCCCCUAAGUCAAGUAUGGUUGCUGGCGACCUCGUUACCUCCUCUGUUCACGAAACCACAGCAAUUGACUCCAUCGACGAGUUCGAACGGUAUCACAUCGCAAAGCAGUCAUCUCAUACUCGUUAAAAUGAUUGGCUCGGUUUUUCCAUCGCAUUGGGUCCCUUUGUACAACAGUAAUUCACAAGGACUCGGAGCCAAUCGGUUUUUGACUCACGUACUUAAUUACAGGGGAGCCACGCUCGUUUUUCUGAGGGGCGAGGGAGGAGUCGAAUUCAUGUUGGGUUCUAGUUCGGAAUGGAAGGAAUCUCACCAGUACAGAGGAGAAGAAAACUGUGUCAUCAUGCAGCUAUUGCCAGAAUAUCACGUCAUCGAGCGUGGUCCGAAAAUAUUAUAUUUAAACACGAGUAUUAGGGGGUACCCGAAAGGGAUCCGAGCAGGCUCCGAUCCUAGGAAACCCGCCAUAGUCGUAAACGAAGAUUUCAACAAGGUGACGUACAAGGAAAUCCCUUAUCAUUUGAUAAGCGUUGAAGUUUGGGGAUGCGGAAAACCCGAGCAAAGGGAAGCACAAUUGGAAAUUAAAAAAUGGGAAAUAAAAGAAGCGGAAAAACAAAGGGUCGUGAAAAUAAACGCGGCCGAAUGGGUCGAUCAUCCAGACAGGUACUUAUUGGAACUUGCCGGCAGACCUGUGUACAACAACACGGCCAGUUGA